UGAGGGAUGCGAAGCAUUUGGGCAAUUGAUGCCAAUCUUUGCUUCUGCCAAAAAUGUAUUUGGCAUCUUGUGAAUAAAUACAAGUCAAGGAUGGGCUCUUUCUCUCGCAAACCGGGUCCUUUCCUCUCCCCUGGGCAUCAGCUAGAAACUCGUCAUGUUGUCCACUUUUAUCAUCGAUGGUCCGGAAUAUGUUCGCCGCGCCAAUACUCCCUUCGUACCACCUAACAUCACCCUUGCCGAACUCCAUGCUGCCCUUCCUCCCCAUCUUUUCAAAAAGUCCACCGCAAGGGGUCUUUCUUACGUCGCCCGUGACGUUCUCUCCGCUUGGAUCCUUUACCGUCUCUCCUCGUUUAUUCCACUUGCUCCAGCAGUGUUGAGGUUUCCAUUUUGGGCUGCCUACUGGUGGUGCCAGGGUGUCAUUCUUGCUGGCUGGUGGUGUCUCGCCCACGAAGCUGGCCAUGGGACGAUCUCCGAGCACUCCUGGGUCAACCACGUCGUGGGAUAUACUUUGCACACUGCUAUUCUCGCGCCGUACUAUGCGUGGAGAGAGACCCAUCGGAGCCAUCAUAGGGCACCGAUGAGUGUAGAGAGAGAUGAAAACUAUGUCCCGAGGUCGAGGAGCGAGUAUGGACUCUGGCCUCAAUCCCUAGAUGGUGGUAACGGAGCGCCCGGUCUUUUGGCUGAUGGUGAGCGGAAAUCUGGCCUUGAUCCUCAUGAGGUUUUCGAAGACGCCCCUAUCUACGUCCUUUCGAAGAUGUUGAUUAUGCAACUCCUUGGAUGGCAGAUCUAUCUGUUCACGAACGAGAUGGGAAAUCCAAGCUAUCCCAAGGGAACAAAUCAUUUCAGUCCGUCUUCGCCCCUUUUCAAGCCCAGGCACCGGCAAAAAAUCAUCGCUUCUAACGUUGGCAUUUGCGUUGCCAUUCUUCUCCUUACUCUGUGGGCUCGCGAGAUAGGGUUUUCGCAGUUUGUCAAAGUCUAUGGAGUACCUUAUUUGCUUGCUAAUCACUGGAUCGUUAUGUUGACAUACCUCCACCAUUCAGACCCGACGGUACCGUAUUAUCGCUCUGCGGCAUGGAGUUUUGUCCGUGGCGCGGCAUCUACUAUUGACAGACCCCUUCUGGGAUGGGUCGGUAGAGUUUUCCUCCAUAAUGUUAGCCAUGAUCAUGUUGCCCAUCACCUCUUUUCCUACAUUCCGUUCUAUAAUCAACCCGAGGUCACAAAGCGUAUCCGAAUGCUUCUUGGCGACAACUAUAAUUACGAUUCAACGAAUACUUUCCGGGCGUUAUAUCGCACGUUCACACAGUGCUGCUUCAUCGAAGACGAAGGUGAGAUAGUCUUCUAUAAGAACCGAGAUGGGAAGGCGGCACGUCGCAUACUUGCCGACGGGGAAACGAAGGUCGGACAGGCCACAAUGAAGACGGUUAUGUAGGUUGGGAACGUUAUGAUUACUUAGUAAUUCCUUGGAUAAUAUCGGUUCUCUGUAAAAUUAUAAUACUGUAGAUUCUUCCGUGGUUUCGCGGCAUGCCUUCCGCCGGGUAAUCAGUUACUUAGUUGUAGGGACACUAGUUUCAUAUAGUACAGUGGAGCGUAUCUUCGUCAAUAUAUGUAGAGGUGGG